AUAUCCUCCCUUCUGCAAAAAUAUUAUUAAACCCCAAAAGCUAAACAAAUAACCAGAGAAGAGAGAGAGAGAGAGGAAAUAUUUGAUUGAUAAUAUAUACUCCUUAAUUUAUUUAUAUUUUCUUUUCGUAGUUCGUAGAAAUUUCUGUUUCUGUGCAUAUAUUAUAUACAUAUAUAUUCGCAUAUAUGCAUCUGAUAAUUGUUAUUAUUGCUUCAAUUUGCCGUAGACUGUUGUUGUAGAAGAUGCUGAUCCGGAGAAGCUUUACUGGAUUUCACUUCAUCUUGUGGAAUGAUUUAUGAUUUCUUGUUACAAAGGCAGAGGCAGAUACUGGUGCGAAAUACCGAUAGAAAUGAAAGCCAGUUAGGCAUAUUACACUUCUGUAUAAGCGCCUCUAGUUGAUGCAGAUUGAACUGAAGCUAGUUGGAUCCUUCAUUUCUGUUAGUGAUGGGUUGGAGCUACUCAGAUUUUACAUGGGACAAUGAAAAUAUUAUAAGAUAAGUACUAAAGAGUAGUUAUUCUAGUGGAUAAGGUAAGGCUCUUAGGAAAAUAAUUUAGGAAAAAUCUAGUGCAGACAUGGGUGUGCCUCAAGUAGCAACUGAUAAUUAUGCCGAGGAAGUUGCUACAUCCUUGAGCACAUUUGCACAAACUCCAGCUAGGUUUGUAGCUGCAAGCAACUGUGAUAUGACUGGGGUGCACAUUGGCCAAGUAAGCAGUAGAACAACCACAGAUUUUGCUUGCACUUCAUCGAGGGAUGUCUUGAAGGAUCCAGAUGUUCUCAGUAUUCAUAAAGAUGGUAUAACCAGCAUGCAUAAAUUGAGAAUUGAUUCUGCUGAAAAGAGUGGCUUCUUUGCUUGCAAUGUUGGAAGGGAAAUUCAUAAUCCUGCUUCAAGGAUUGUGGGUUUUGAGUCAAAAGCAUCUAAUAGGCCAGCCAAUUUGUUCGAACCAAACCCGUUGGAUGGUAUUCUUCCAUCUGCUGCAGUUAGCAUUACUGACAAGACACCAGAGACCAGUGGCUCUGUUGUUAGGAAACGGUUAUUGUCACCUUUGAAUGGCAUGGUUCUUUCUGAUCAAUUUUCUGGUGAAUAUCUAGACAUUGGUGGUAGCACUAGUUUUAGGAGUACUUCCUAUUUAAGGAAUGGCACCCAUAAAAUUUCCUCACAAGAACACAAGAAAGCAAAUAUAAGAAGCUCAAGCAAUUUUGAAGCUUGGUCCACUCAAUAUGCCUCGGUAGAGAGCUGCUCUCCAGAUGAAAAUUUUAAGAUGAACUCCUUCAUUAUUACAGAUGGCCCCUUGUUUGAGGAUGAGGAGACUCUCUCUCGGAGUCUUUUUACCCCUACUUCCUCCGAACUAAACUUUCAUAGAAAAGUAACUGAAAUGCCUUUCCAAAAUGGAGGGAUAGACAUAGUGAAUAGAAAUGCAUACUCUCCACCACUUUCUCUCUCUCCUCUUGGGCCUAAUUGUUGUAGGAGGAUAAGAGAUUCUAAAUGGCAUAGGGAUGUUUGGGAGGAAUAUGAUGUCAAACGGUCACUUGAUGGGAAUCUAUUAGAUGCUUUGUCCUCUGAAAAAGAAGACGAUUCCAGAAUGGAAAUCAAAUCUAACUUAGAUGUUGAAGAUUUUCCUAUGAACUUUGAACAAUUCACUCUUGACAGUGUGAAUGAAGUGAGAGGACAAUGGGCACAGAAUUCAAUCCAAACAAGUCAGCGUACAAGAUUAGGUAGAUCCCUCAGUGGACUUACUGUAAGAAGGUCAUUAGUUGGCUCAUUUGAGGAGUCACUAUUUUCCGGUCGUUUGGCAUCAGGAACUGUUAGCCAGAAAAUUGAAGGUUUUCUUGCUGUCCUUAGUAUUUCUGGAGGGAAUUUCUCUCCACAUCCAAAGAAACUUCCAUUUGCAGUAACGAGUGUGGAUGGUGGCAACUGUUUGGUGUAUUACUCAUCCAUAGAUCUUGGAGGACAUUUCUUAACUAAUGAGUGUAAAGGCUCUAAAAUGAAGAGAAGCCUUAGCAUUAAUGACUCCAAGACAAAUAAUGGUCGGCUGCGUAUACCUAUGAAAGGGCGUAUCCAACUGGUUCUCAGCAAUCCAGAAAGGACUCCCAUUCAUACAUUUUUCUGUAACUAUGAUUUGACUGACAUGCCUGCUGGGACCAAGACAUUUCUGCGACAAAAGAUAACUUUGGACACGGACAAAGGCGGCCAUAAGGAUGCUAAGGGGAAAAGUGAUGGAAGGCAACCUCCCGUUACAAAGGCUGGGGAUUCUUUGCAAUCUAGUGAGCUACUUUCAGAUUGUAGGAAAUCAAAUGACUGUAGUAGCGGUGCUGUAGAGGGCAUUGAUUGGCCUUUUGCUGGAACUGGCAGCAAAUCUGUAGAUUGCCCUUCAAAGAUAAAUGAGAAUGCAGCUGGUACAGGUGUUCUGCGCUAUGCUCUCCAUAUCCGGUUCUUGUGCCCUUACUCUAAGAGAAACUCUAAAACGGUUCUGAGGUGCAAAUCUGACCCUUCAUCUGUACCCACAAAAAAUGGCAUGGAUAUUGAAGGGGAGCGACGCUUCUACUUGUACAAUGACAUGAGAGUCGUGUUUCCUCAACGUCAUUCAGAUGCUGAUGAAGGCAAGUUACAUGUGGAAUAUCAGUAUCCAUCUGAUCCAAAGUACUUCGACAUCAGUGAAUGAAAGUGUUCUACUUAUUGCCAAAAAAAAAAAGAAAAGAAAAUGAAAGCAAGCAAGCAAGAGACUGUAAGGUGCACAUCCUCUGCUCAGAAACUAUUUCCUUGUACAUAACCAUUUCAUGUAGUUCCUAAUCAAUUUACCUGAUAGGGGACCAACCCCAUUUCACCUGUAAAUUCAUUUCAAUAAAUAGACAUGAUUUCUCCUGUCCAGACCUUUUGGAAGUUGUACAUAUGACCUUUCAAAAGUUGUACAUAUGACCUUUUUCUUUAUUUGGAGGAAGGUUUUACUAACCAGAAUGCCAUUUAACAAAAACAAUGUCAAGCUUCCCAUCUCUUAAAACAAAUUUGUCUCA